CGUGUGCAAGGGGAGGGGGCGUGGCCGUGGUGCUGUGGUGACAGUGGCUGUGGUGUCCCCAUGGCCAUCCUGGUGUCCCCAUGGCCCCACUGUCCCCCUGUCCAUCACACUGUGGUGACGGUGGCCAUGGUGUCCCCAUGGCCAUGGUGCUGUGGUGACACAGCCGUGGUGUCCCCAUGGCCAUCAUGGUGUCCCCGUGUCCAUGGUGUCCCCGUAUCCAUGGUGUCCCCAUGGCCAUCGAGAUGUCCCCAUGACCAUCAUGGUGUCCUCAUGGCCAUGGUGUCCCCGUGUCCAUCACCCUGUGGUGACAUGGCCGCGGUGUCCCCGUGUCCGUCCGCUGUGCUGACGUGUCCCUGGUGUCCCCAGAGUGUCACGGGGCGGUUCUGCGGCACACAGGGGGACGUGGCCCGGGUUUGCUGCGGGCUGGAGCGCGGCCACUUCCUCGUCUCAGACGAGCCCUUCGCCGGCUCUGCCGUCACCAUCCUCAAGAGACCCCCGUUCUGCCCUGCCAAGCUGGGGGGGCCGGCGCUGGCCAGGGGGUGCCGUGCCGGGGUGGCCGCGGCCGUGGCCGUCCUGCUGGAGGCCGCCUGUGGCCACGUCCUGCUGACCCGCCGGGCCACCUCCCUGCGCCACUUCCCCGGCGUCUGGGUGCCGCCAGGAGGGCACGUGGAGCCGGGAGAGGAGCUGGUGGCCGCAGGGCUGCGGGAACUGGCUGAGGAGACGGGGCUGUCCCUGGAGCCUGGAACCUUCUCCUGGCACCUGCUUGGCCUCUGGGAGUCGCUGUUCCCCCCCGUGCUGGGCCGGGGGCCACCGCGGAGCCACCACAUCGUCACCUACCUGGGGCUGCGCUCGGAGGAGCCCCGCGAGCACCUGCAGGCGCGGCUGCGGCCGAGCCCACACGAGGUCAGUGCCGUGGCCUGGCUGGAGCCGCCGCUCCUCGAGGCCAUCGCGGCCACCGAGGAUGGGGCCGAGGGACCGGGAUCAGGAUCAGGACCAGGAAUGGUCCCCGCAGUGCUGCCGGACACCGUGGGGAUCACGGAGCUCAGCGCCGGAGGCCUCCGUAGUGCCCGCAUUCCCACUGAGAUCCUCCUGCGGCGGCUCCCGGCCCACGGCCCCGACUGGGAGCGUGUCAGCACCGGCACCAAGUUCGCCCUGGGGAGGUGGCGGGGGGGGCCCGGCCGAGGGGACCCGGAAUAAAGAG